AUGAGUGGUCUCGCCGACUUCGGGAGGGGGAAGGAGAAAGGGCCGACCCCUGAAGAGGCCAUACAGAAACUAAAGGAGACGGAGAAGAUACUGAUCAAGAAACAGGAGUUUCUGGAGCAGAAGAUUCAACAGGAGCUACAAACAGCCAAGAAGCAUGGGGCCAAGAAUAAGAGAGUGAUAGGGGAAAGGUGCCAAAAGGGAGGACCCAGGUGGGAAGCAGGGGCUCUGGCUCUGAUGUUCAAGGUGUGGGCUGGGUCAGCUGCCCUACAGGCUUUGCGGAGGAAGAAAAGAUUAGAACAGCGGCUGGCACAAACUGAUGGGACAUUGUCCACCCUGGAGUCUCAGCGUGAGGCCAUUGAGAAUGCUAUCACCAAUACAGAAGUGCUUCGCACCAUGGAGCUUGCUGUCCACGGCAUGAAGAAAGCCUACUAGGACAUGGACAUUGACAAGGUGAAUGAACUGAUGGCCAACAUCACAGAACAACAGGAGGUGGCCCAGGAGAUCUCUGAUGCCAUUUCUCGGCCUGUGGGCUUUGGAGAUGAUGUGGAUGAGGAUGAACUGUUGGAGGAGCUAGAGGAGUUGGAGCAGGAGGAAUUGGCCCAGGAAUUGUGACACGUGGGUGACAAGGAGGAAGAACCCCCUUUCAAACUGCCCAGUGUACCCUCUACACAUCUGCCUGCAGGGCCAGUUCCCAGAGCAGAUGAAGAUGAAGAAGCACUAAAGCAGUUGGCUGAGUUGGUAUCCUGAUGAGUCUGGGCUUAUCUUCCUGAUGCUGCCUUCGUUGGUCUCUUUUCCUUAAGUGCAAAGUGCUGAGCUAAAGGAACAUAGCCUUUUUGGGAGGCCCUGCUCAGGGUGGUGGUAUAGCCCUGCCUGAGAAAGGGCCUGUUGCCUUUCCAUCCCUGACUCAACUCUGAAGAAGGAUCUUGGUGCAGGAGGAUCCCCUGAGCUCCCUUCUCUUUGACAGCAGUUACAGUGCCCUUGUUCUCAAUAAAAUUGGAUAGAUGGAACCCUAGUGCUUAUACUGCCUUGUCUAUACCUGAAACUCUU